GCUUUUAUUUGCUGCUGGCAUUUAUCAUUUUUAGUCUUUUAUUAAAAGUAACACUGACAGGCUCCUGCUGUCUGCUGAUACUGACGUAAACAUAAAGGAUAAUAUUUAGCUUGCUAACAGCAAAAUGUACACAUCAGGCAGCUGGUUUGCCAGUUUGAAGAGACCAUAAUGCUAAUUUCACAAGUACAAUGCUUUACUUGUAUAAUAAGUUUAUGCUUUCUGUGAAAUUUGUUCAAACACACUCACCGGCCACUUCAUUAGGUACAUCUGCUCAACCUCUCCUUCAGUCGAAAAUCUAAUGGCAUCUCAAACGGCAGCAACUCCGUGCAUUUAUCCAUGUAGACAUAGCCGGGUUAUGUCUACAUGACCUGACAUAACCCGACCUGCUGACGUCUGAGCAUCAGAAUGAGUAAGAAAGGCGAUUAAAGUCACUUUGAACGCGUCGUGAUUGUUGGUGCCGGACGGGCUGGUCUGAGUAUUUCAAAAGCAGCUGAUCCGCUGGGAUUCCCCUCAGAAACACGCAUCUCUGGGAUUUACAGAGACUAGUCCGAAAAAAAGAAAAUAUCCACUGCGCGUGAAUUCUCUGCGUGAAAAGUCCGCAAUAACUGUCCCACCAAAUGAGGUGACCGGAGAUGCACAGAUUGUUACACGAGAGGGCGGCAAAGAAAAAGAAACUAAAAGCACACCGGCCGUGACGUUACAAAAAAAGACUUCUUGCUCCGUAUCUGUAAUGUAAUAAUAAAAGGCGCGCAUCGUCUGCGCCAGCGCGUUGACGUUCCAAAACAUUAACAUGGACAAUGAAUGAAGGCACCACCAUUAUUACCGUCUUAUGAAGUUCCGUUAACCGUCCCGCCUAUGAGCCAAUGAGGAACCGUCCAAUCAGGCCGUCUCUUUGGAAAGAACCUCUGUCUUUCUAAAAAACUUUCCAAAGUUUUUUUUUUCCUUUAUCGUGAAUGAGCACAUCAGUCCCGGUGCCGAGGAUGGGGAGGUGCAGGGGAGUGUAGAGAGGUGGUGGGGGAUGGAAGGAGGCGGUUGCGACGGAGGAGCUCAUUUGACCAGCCUCUUGGCUACGUCUGCGUAGGCGAUCUCGAUCUCUGGAUUCAUCCGAGAGGUUUUUUUUUAAACGGAGAGGAGGCUCGCCUGACGGUGACUGCGCGAUAUUUCUAACGAAAGUCAUCUCCGUGUCUCCUUCCCUCUUUCAUCCUGUAACCCGUUAAAAAAACGGAAAUACAAACUCGAAUUACUUUUGAAAACGAGCGGGAACUGCCAGUAAAUGCAUCACAUGCUUGAAAUCAUGCGUGGAGGCGACAUUUUAUUUUUUUCUUUCUUUUCUUUUCUUUUUUUGGCUGUUUUUCGGGGGGAUUUUCAGCUCGAGUCGUUUGGAAAAUGCGAUGCCACGCACUGAACAGCAGGAGGAAGGCGUGCUAUGGUUUUUAUUUCAUUUAACGGACACCUAAUAUGAGUCUCUCUGACCAGCUCUGCAAUGCCUGUGCAGCUGGAAAUCUAUUAGAAAUCAUAACUCUACUGCAAAACGGAGCUGAUGUAAAUGGAAAAAAUGUGUUUAAUAGGACUGCAAUACAGGUAGUGAAGUUGGGGGACUCCCGGGUCAUUGAGACCCUGCUGCAAGCGGGGGCAAAUCCAAAUGUGCCAGAUCCCUCCUGCGGUCUCACCGUGACCCACGAUGCCGCUCGUGAAGGAUUCGUGGAUUCUGUGCGCGCGCUGCUAACAUAUGGGGCCGAUGUUAACAUCGCAGAUGAAAAAGGUAACCUUCCGCUGCACCUGGCCGCCAGUAAGGGUCACGUGGAGGUUGUCAAGCUGCUCAUUGGAUGCACCGGGAAUCGCGACGUACGCAACAAUGACGGACUCACCGCCGAGCAGCUCGCGCGCGGCAAUAGCCACACGGACACAGCCACGUUCAUCCAAAACCAUCAGUAAGAGGAAGGAUAGGAUGAAGAGAACCUGGAAUCCGUUUGGAAACUUCUUCUGAUCUUUUGUUUCAUGGACUUUUUUCCCGGGACAUUGAACACAUCGAUAAGUACAAUAAGUAAUUAGCGCUACAAAAAUCUGGUUAUUAUAUUCACAGUCUAGUGUAAAGAAUACUUAGCAACACUUGCUUACUAAAUCAAAGAAUGUGACUCUUUCAUAUGGUUAUUGAAAAACUGUGAAACUGAGUGCAUAAAAGUGUUUUUUCUAUUGUUAUUUUUAUGCAUUUACUAACUAACUAACUAACUAAUACCUUACAUACUGUGAAAGAUCACUUUCACAUUCACCAUUAGGUGCACCUACACACCUCCAACACAAUCACAUAAACAUUAACUUCUUUUUGAUGCUGCAUUUUGUUUGGUGGUGUUAUGUUCCAGUCAUCUAUGAAAGCUCUCAGAAAAAGCCUGGCACCUUUGUGUCUGGGCUAACAUUUAUCUAAUGCUUCAAAGUUAGUACAAAGUUAUGUUGUAUCAAACAGCAAGCAUCAAAGUGUGGCAUCUAACUGUAACCUAAGAGUGGUUCUUCCGUUUUUUGUGCACACUGCAAAUAAAUCAGACGUACAAUUUU